CGCUCGCCGCGCGCACAAGCCCCACCAAUCGAAUUACCAAAAGAAAAAAAGUCCCUCAAAAACCGUGAAAAAAGUGGUUGAAUAAUAAUAAAAAAAUCCGCACCAACUAGCAGUUUAGUUGAAUAAACAAAGUACAAAUAAAUCGGUUGAUAUUAAUGGCUGUCAGUGGUCGUCGCAGCGUGAGAAUUUCUCCGAUAGUCGUCGUUGAUAAUAGAGGGACGACGGAGACCGACACCAGGAGCAACAACGGGUUAACAUAAGAGCUGACGAGUUAAUCGCAAAGAUGUUCACGGGCACAGUAAAAGUGAAGAUAUGCGAGGCAGCGGGUCUGAGGGCGACUGACAAGCACCGAAAAUUUUGGCAGGAUGCACCACCUAUAAUCGACCCCUACGUGCUCCUCGAUGUCGACCAAAAUCGUCUCAAUCGCACAUCAAUAAAGCCAAAAACCUUCGAUCCCGUUUGGAACGAGUGUUUCACUCAUGAUGUUCAAGCUGCUGUUAUGCUUGGACUCACUGUAUUUCACGAUGCUGCACUACCACCCGAUGACUUUGUUGCUAAUUGUAGAAUUCCAUUUGAAGAGCUUGUGAGACGUGAAGAUGAAACCGCUGACUUUUGGAUCGACCUCGAGCCACAUGGGAAACUGAGGGUCCAGAUAGACCUGAAAUGGAGCAACCAAGAUCAGCAAGCUGGCUGCAGUGCAGAUGCAGUAGGCGAGAGUGUUGGAUCAGGUGGUGGAAAGGACAGUGGGGCUGUGACAGGGAGUAUGGAGCCACGUGGAUUCACCGAGCGUGGACAGGGAUUUAAUCGACGUAGGGGUGCUAUGCGUAGGAGGGUUCAUCAGGUCAAUGGGCACAAAUUUAUGGCCACUUUCCUCAGGCAACCAACAUUCUGCUCACACUGCCGUGAAUUUAUUUGGGGCGUCGGAAAGCAAGGCUAUCAGUGUCAAGUUUGCACGUGCGUUGUUCACAAGAGGUGUCACAGACUGGUGGUCACAAAGUGUCCUGGUAUGAGGGAAGAGGAGAAGAAAACUAUGUUGCAGUCUAAUGAAGGAACACAGGGACAAAGAUUCAGUGUUAAUGUACCACAUCGGUUUGAGGUCCACACCUUCAAGCGUUUCACAUUCUGCGAUCACUGUGGAUCGCUCUUGUAUGGAUUAAUUCGACAGGGACUUCAGUGUAAAGUUUGUGAUUUAAACGUCCACAAGAGAUGCCAGAAGAACGUAGCCAACAACUGUGGCAUCGACACAAAAGCAAUGGCGGAGAUCCUGAGUACUUUGAACAUCUCCCCAGAUCAACAGUCCAAAGCCCCAAGGAUCAAUUACAAGCCCAGCUCCUCAAGUAGUUCUUCGCACACCUCAGGCCCUGGCAAGCAAUCCUCACAAUCAGGGAACACUGACGGCACUGGACAAUCCAACGAGCAAGCCUCGUUGAUCGAUCUGACCCCCCGAGAGGACGAGAACGAGACCAGAAAGUUCUCCCUCGAUGAUUUUAAUUUUAUCAAAGUCCUGGGGAAGGGCAGUUUCGGAAAAGUUAUGCUGGCUGAGCGCAAGGGAAAUCCUGACGAGGUUUUCGCUGUCAAAGUCCUGAAGAAGGAUGUGAUAAUUCAGGACGACGACGUCGACUGCACAAUGACAGAAAAAAGGAUUCUGGCACUUGCCGCCAGGCAUCCGUUCCUCACUGCACUUCACAGUUGCUUCCAGACACCUGAAAGAUUGUUUUUCGUUAUGGAAUAUGUUAAUGGAGGUGAUCUCAUGUUUCAAAUCCAAAAAGCCCGUAAAUUCGACGAGACUCGAGCUCGAUUUUACGCAGCCGAGGUGACGUUGGCCCUCCAAUUCCUCCACCAGCACGGAGUCAUCUACCGUGACCUGAAGCUGGACAACAUAUUACUGGAUCGCGAGGGCCACUGCAAACUCGCUGACUUCGGAAUGUGCAAGGAGGGCAUCGUCGAGGGCCAGACAACGACCACAUUCUGUGGUACACCCGAUUACAUUGCCCCGGAGAUCCUCCAGGAGUUGGACUAUGGGGCCUCCGUGGAUUGGUGGGCCUUGGGGGUCCUCAUGUACGAGAUGAUGGCUGGACAGCCACCCUUCGAGGCCGAUAACGAGGACGAUCUCUUCGAGUCCAUACUCCACGACGACGUCCUGUACCCAGUGUGGCUGAGUAAGGAGGCUGUCUCGAUCCUCAAGGGAUUCAUGACGAAAAAUCCAGCGAGACGUCUGGGGUGUGUUAUUGCCAAUGGAGGGGAGAACGCCAUCAAAUCACAUCCUUUCUUCCAAUUCAUGGACUGGAGGGCACUCGAGGCGAGGAGGGUCAAACCACCCUUCAAACCAAAAAUAAAUAAUGAGAAAGACGCGAUGAAUUUUGACGCUGAAUUCACGAAAGAAGAGCCAGUCCUCACGCCAGUCCACCAGUCUAUCCUAAACUCAGUGAAUCAAGACGAAUUCAAGGGUUUCUCAUUCGUCAAUAAGGACUUCAAUCCAAAUCGCCUUGUCACCCCCUAAUGAGCAAUAUCAUCCCCCUCUGAUGAUAAAUCGAACGCCGAAAAAUCACAAUCGACUGUCACAUGCGUUCGUGCGUUGUGUCGACGUCUGUCACGUCGAUUAUUACCCCCAUGGAGCACAAACGUCAUGGACAAUGCACAGGUAAAACCUCGAACGUAAUCAAGGUCUUAUCUUCAGUUAUUUACCUAUUCUUUCAAUCCAUUGAUAAUUUCAUUUUGUAAAUGAUGAACUCUCAAUGAAUAAAUCAAUUUACCAAUUGAUUAAUCCAUUUAUUGAUGGAAUAAUUGAUGAAUUGAUCAAUUGAGUGGUAGAAUUGCUAAAUCAAUUGAUUAAUUAAUUGAUUUAUCAAUCAACUGAUUGAGAAAAAUGGGAGAAUUGACAUUUCCCACAGAGUUUCAUGAAAAAGUCAUAAUUUUUACUUGAAAAAUGACCACUAAUGAUUUAAUUAGACAUCAAACUGUCCACAAUACCAUGAAACUUUGAUGGAAAUGUAAAAAAACUCUUAAGUGACCAACAUUUUACCGAAAUAAUCACUGAAACCUUCGAUGAGAUUGAGAUUUGAACGAUUAUUUUAUCAAAUAAUUGUACGUAUCGGUUGAAUAAUAGUUCAUAAACUACUGAUCGAUGGAGAUUAAGGUGCAAGCACUUGAAAUUGAUUUUUAAUGGAAAAGUAUGAUCAUGAGAUUAUUAUACAGAGGAGAUCGAAAAUAACAAAAAUUUAUCGUAUGAUUUUGAGAUGAUUGACAUCAGUUCCCUGGUGGUUCUGAUGAACUAUAAAUAAUAUAAAUAUUUAAUAAAUAUUUUAGAAUAAUGCCUAAUGUAGUUGAGCACAGGAGGAGCAUUCACUGAGUUUAAAUCAUUGAUUGAGAGUGAAAAAAUUCAAAAUGAAUUUUUAAAAGUUUUUUAAUUACUUUUGAUUGAUUCUGUUGAUUAAUCAUUUGCACCUAGGUACUCUUACGUGUUGUUUCUAUCUAGUUAGGUAUGUCAGUGGCUUGCGAAACAAUUGACUUAAGGAAUCUCGGUAUUAAUUAAUGCACAUCGUCCUUAGUAGAGCAAUGAUUAAUUAUUAAUUAACGAAACGUCAUUAUCUGGGGGAUUUUGAGAGGGGGAAGUGUCCAAAAAUAUUUAUUCGGGUCAUUAGGGGGGUGAAAUGCCGACAGGAGUUUAUUGUUAGUCACUUGAGGUGACGGAUGAUUAAUUAAGUAGUGACGUGGGAAGAAAAUUAUUAAAUUUUUGU